AUGAGGCUUAGCAAUUCAAGCUAAAAAUAUGGCUGGUCUGUCUGGCUAUGCCCUGCGCGUGGCCCGUCUGAGCGCCCGGAUAUUUGGAGAUGUGGCCCGUCACACAGACUCCAAAUCUAUGAAAGUGGUAGAGUUGUUUAAAGAACCCCCGCUGGCCCAGAGAAAAGAAGUGUAUGACUGGUAUCCCCCACACAAGAUCUACUAUUCAAUGACUCAGAAGCUCAGAUUCAUGGGGCUUUUCAGGGAUGAGCACCAGGAUUUCAAGGAGGAAAUGAGGCGCUUGAGGAAACUGCGGGGUAAAGGAAAACCCAAGAAGGGAGAAGGGAAGAGAGCCGCAAAGAAGAAGUAGACCAGCACAUUUCAUCUACUAUCUAUGAAAGGACAUUAUGAAUGGAGAAUCUGAUGAAGAAGCUCUGGACACGAGUUGUUCCUGUAUGCAGGACAUGUUUAUGACUGUGGUGAUAAGUUC